UACUUUACAACUGUUGUAUAGCUAGUUUCAGUUGUUGGCUUCCUGAGAAGAAGUAACGUCUGGAAACAUACAGUCUGCUACUGAAACAGCCAAGAAUCAUUCCAAAAUCACAGCCUGCUGAAAAUGAAUCAAGAACUACAAGCCAAGCUGCUAAAAAUUGCUGACGCCCUUGAUAAUAAGGCUGUGAAGGAGUUAGUAUUUUGUUGCGGAGACAACAUAAGGGCUACAAAAAGGCAAAAAAUACAUAAUGCUCGAUCGCUUUUUGAACAUCUGCAGGAAAAAGUUUUGGUGUCAGAGGAAGACUUAUCAUUUCUAAAAGAGAUUCUCUGGAAAAUAGACAAAAUUGACAUCCUAAAAAAACAUCUGUCAGUGACUCAGGAGGAACUAGCAGAGCUACAAAAAUCUCCAAGGCACAUCUCUCCUUACAGGUCAAUGCUAUUUGACAUUUCACAAGAUUUAGAUUCUGAUGAUGUGAAGAAGGUGACGUUUCACAUGUACCAUGAAAAAGCCAUAAUGAAGCAAGAAGACGUAUCCAUGUUGGAUGUUAUUACUGAAAUGGAAAAGGAUGCAUUUUUGAGUGAAAGUAACUUGGAAAAAUUAAAAAAAACGUUAACUGCAAUUGGCCGCGAAGACGUCCUUCUGAAAAUUGGAUCAUAUGAAAAUCCAGGCAGACAAGCAAAAUACCUUGAUUCCACACAGGAGAAGAUACCAAUCCAAGAGAAUCCAAAUAAUCAGCCAGAGGAGCUGAAAGCUGAUUCUGGAAGAGGCAAAAAUCUGGAACAUUACAACCUGGACAAAGAACCACACGGCUGGUGUGUGAUUCUGAAUAAUGAAGAUUUUGAAAACGGUGUGAAGAGGAUUGGAACAGAUAAAGAUGCUGGUGCAAUACGGAGAGUAUUUGAACAUCGAAGAUAUACUGUAGAAGAAUGCAAAAACCUGAAAGGAGAAAAAAUGUUAGACAUCAUGAAGGAGUAUUCGGAAAAGGAUCAUGCUAAUAAUGACAGCUUUAUCUGUUUUAUUCUCUCACAUGGGUGUCAAGAAACUGUGUUAGGUGUUGACGGAAAAAAGGUGCUCAUUAAGGACCUAACUAGUUGUUUCAAUGGUCAGAAUUGUAAGUCUCUCAUUGGGAAACCUAAGGUGUUCUUCAUUCAAGCAUGCCGAGGAGAUGAACUUGAUGGGGGAGUCCCUUAUGAGGGAGACGGCAGUACAUCUACAUAUGAAUGUGAUGGAGGAACUCUUCCUAUUACUGCAGAUUUCUUAACAGCCUACGCUAGCACUGAAGGUUAUAAGUGUCUACGGGGUCUCGAAGGCUCUGUUUAUAUUCAGAAGCUGUGUAAAAUCUUGGAAGAUCCUGACCAUUUCCAAGAUGAUUUGAGAGACCUCCUGACCAAAUUACAGGAUGACAUAGCGAACGACCAACCUUUCAAGGUUAAAGAAAAAGGAGUGACACAACCUGGAAAACAAAUGCCAUCAUACACAUCAGAGCUUCGCAAAAAACUGAUUUUACCUCGUCCAGAAAAUAUAUAAAACCAAUGACUUCUAAAUCCUCUCUCUGUUUUUAACUUUCCCUUGGAAGCAGCUGGAGAUGAACAAGAGACACAUCGAUACAAUCCUCUGAAUAUAUCUUAAAGUAAAAGUAAACCUUAAGAAAAGCA